AUGUUACAAGAUUCAGAAUUUAACGCCGCUUACAGAAUACAAGUUACUGGUAAUUUUUACUCUAAUCAAUUAUCGAUGGGACCGUUAUUCUAUUCGGAAGUGAUACUGACAAUGAGAACUAAAUCGGGCAAGCUCGAAGCACCGGAAAAUGUGACAGUUGAGGCUCUGACGCCUACUAUAGCGAUAGUUUAUUGGAUGCUACCCAAAAAACUAAUCUGCGUGCCCGUGAUCUACGAAAAAUAUAGGGUAUUUGUACGCAUAUAUUCAGCCAACUUCAGCAAUCAUUAUAAUAACAAUUUGAGCAAAACUUUGUACAUGUAUUCGGAAUCAAACAAUAUAACUUUGAACGAGGUUAGCAUAAACGGUAUGAAUAUCUCGUGGAUUCCUAGUGUUAAUUUGACAAUUCAUUAUGUUUUGGAAUACAAAAAUGUUGAGAUGCAGAAGUGGCAAACUGUAGACGACUUUGAGCAGAAUAAAAGGGAGAAAGUAACGUACUACAUAGAAAACUUACUACCAGGAACUCUAUACGAGUUUCAUUUGAUAUUGAAAUACCCCAAAUACGAGAAAGACUUUAUAUGGCCAUCUAAUAGAAGAUUAUAA